CUGCUGAUCAAACGUUGUGCCUCAAUAUAAACUAUGAGCUAGAGGCAGUUCCCAGACCAGGCUUCGUUGUGCUCGGGCGUCUCUUCAGUUUAUAGCUCAAGAUGCACAAGUUGAUGAUAUUUGGCUUUUUGUUAGUUCCUCUCCUGGCCUUUGUAAAGAGUGCUCUUCCACCACCAUGUGACAGUGAAAUAUACUGUACUGGGCCCAUCCUGCAUCAGGUACAGAAAGCUAAAUUGUUUGAUGAUGACAAGUAUUUUGUUGAUAUGAAGCUGAGGGCAGCACCUGAUGAGGUUUUGCUGGCUUUCCGCAAUCUUUCAAAUGAAUACCCGAACACCACUGUCCCCGCUGCCGCACUGCAGGAGUUCCUCAGUGUGUACUUUGUGAAACCAGGCACAGAGUUUGAGUCAUGGACGCCACCGGAUUGGCAUGACAAGCCAAAGUUCCUGGAUGGAAUUACAGACCAAGAACUACGUGACUGGGCUCAGAAGAUACAUAAUCUGUGGAAGUCUCUUGGCAGAAAGAUCCAUGCUGAUGUAAAGGAUCACCCAGAGCUGUACUCACAGAUAUACAGUCCACAUCCUGUUGUCGUGCCAGGGGGGCGCUUCAGGGAACUCUACUACUGGGACUCCUACUGGGUCAUCAAUGGGCUCCUGCUGUCAGAGAUGACAGACACGGCCCACGGGAUGAUUCAAAACUUCCUCUCCCUUGUCAACAGAUAUGGCUUCGUUCCAAAUGGUGGGCGGAUUUACUACGAAAGGCGCAGUCAGCCUCCAUUCCUCACACUAAUGGUGGAGAGCUACUAUAAGGCAACCGAGGAUAAAGAGUUCCUCAGGUUGGCUUUACCGGCUCUGGAGCAGGAGUACCAAUUUUGGAUGCAGAACCGUUCUGUGACUGUGACGGUAAAUGGAACAGUACAUGUACUGAACCGGUACCACGUGCAGGUCGACUUGCCCAGGCCUGAAGCCUACACAGAUGAUCUGGAACUAGCUGAAGGCCUCACUGAUGACCAUAAAAAACAGCUGUGGAUGGAUCUGAAAGCAGGUGCAGAGUCUGGUUGGGACUUCACAUCCCGCUGGUAUGUAGUCGGUGACAUCCACAAUGACGGCACUCUCAGGGGGACGCGCACCAGUAAGAUUUUACCCGCUGACCUCAACGCUCUGCUGUGCCUCAGUGAGAAGACUCUUGCUUCAUUUCAUAGGAUAAUGGGACAGGGUGACUCAGCUGCACUGUAUGACCGGGCUGCAGCCCGCAGACUGCAGGCGAUUGAGGCUGUGCUCUGGGAUGCUGAGAGGGGAGCCUGGUUUGACUACAACCUGGUGACUCAUUCUAAAAACUUUGAGUUUUACCCCUCCAACCUGGCGCCUGUUUGGGCGCAGUGCUAUUCUCAGCCGGAGAUGGGAGAGAAGGCGGUACAAUAUCUGAAGGGGAGUGGUGCUCUCCGGUUUCCCAAUGGGGUUCCAACGUCACUGAGAGACUCUGGGCAGCAGUGGGACUAUCCCAACGCAUGGCCUCCUUUACAGCACAUGCUCAUCGAUGGUUUAUCCAAACUGCCUUCAGAGGAUGCUAAACAACUCGCGUUUGAUUUGGCCCAGCGCUGGAUCAGGACAAACUGGUUGGCAUACAUGAAGUAUGAUGCCAUGUUUGAAAAGUAUGAUGUGCACGGAGACGGCAAACCUGGUGGGGGAGGAGAAUAUGAAGUUCAGUUGGGUUUUGGUUGGACCAAUGGCGUGGCCCUGCAGCUUCUGGACCAGUAUGGGGCGACUCUCACCUCAGGAAGCAGAGCUGUGUCUUCUUGCCUCCUGCUCCCUCUGGCCAUCUCUCCCACUCUCAUGCUCCAGUGAAUCAGAGAAGACAACGCAGCCUGAUCGGAGGUUGGAUUUUAUUAUUCCUGGUUUUACUGCACGGUGUGACUCCUGCCCACUUACAGACUUCAAACUAAUAGAAACUGGACUAAAAGGUUAUAUUUGAACUCUCUCUGAUAUAUUUGUACAUCCUAGAUGAUCUGUGCCAUUUAUUUGGUUAAGGAACCAGAUAUGAUUUAUCCCAACUAAGAAAUCCUUUGAUAAAUAUUUUAGUGUUGAUCCUCAGAGGAACGCAGCCUCUGGUGAUAUCAGACGAUACACAUUUAGGCACUUCUGGAUUCUCUCCAGUAAUGCAGCAAUGUUGGUGUUUGCUGCCAACGGAAUCGCACCAUUAACUUGUCCCAGAUAUUGAACUGACACUACAAACAGUUAUUCACCUAAUUCAAUUAUAACAGUUAUUGCUGUAGUACACCAACUCCCACCGAGGCUUCCAUUUGCAUGUAAACUAAAGCUGGAGCAUAAACAAGCUUGUGAGAAAUAAAAUAUGAAGUGAAAGCAGUAAAACGUGGCUUUAAUUAUAUGUGACUCAAGAAACUUUUAUUGAAUUUUAAUAAGUCAACCAAAGAAUUUCAGAUGACACUUAUAGUGUAACACCACAUAUUAAACACUGUGUAGAAAUGAAUUCCUGCACAGUUACAGUAGCACUAAAUUGGCCGUAGUCCAUUAUCAUGCAGGAGUAAAAUUAAAUGUUGCAUUUCCAGUAAACUUUAAAAAUAAUGCAUUAGAUAACACUGGAUGCUAAAAUGAUCUUGUCCUUUUCAUAGGUACAUAAUGCAGAUGAUUAUGGUGGUAGUUUGGUGCAAAACAGCACAAAUACAUUGCAUUUCUUGUAGCUGCUUUACAAUAAAAGUCAACAUCUAUUUCACUUGUAGUGUUUAGCAGUUUGCAUUUGUGGUAACUUAAUAUAGUUCUGAGACGGUGUGCAGAACGGUCACCACUUUGACAUUGUAAGUUAUUGUUUAGUUUGUUACAGCCUGGAAUGACGUCAGGGCUUUGAAAACUUUUUGACAACACCACUGGUGUAACUCAGGAUAAAGUCAACAUGUUGUGACAUUUCUGAUUGUUCUGAUGAAAUUGGUUUUUUCCACUUCUGCUUACUUCUGUGGUGAAAUGUAGGUCAAGUUGUGAACUUAAGUCCAUAUAGUUAUUCAAAUGUUUGUCCAUUAAUUUCUCCUGAGAGAAGAAAUUGCUUCCCUUUGGCUGUGGAGACAUGAGGCCCAAGCAGGGAUUUCGCUGCAUCUCUCUGUAGCAUGAGUGCAGACAAUAGUGUGACUUUGCAACUUAAAUGUGCAAAAGGCCAAUGGGUGCAGUGGCCCAUGCAAUCCUGCAGAUCGCACUCUAGUGAUGUGCUGUUAUGAGUCUCUAUCCACAAACCAUAAUUGCUGGCUUUUC